UAUUCAAACCCCCAGGCCACCUACUAUGCAACGGAGAAUUCCCACCCGGUAGCUUUGGGCAUGAUGACUCUCUGGCAGACCGUGACAAGCGCAGGCUCGCCUAGCUUGCUAGCAAUUGAUACUAUCAAUGGCUCCACGUAUUUCUCGCUCGACAUCACCGAAGGGAGCGAGACGAAAAAAUCCGUUUUAUGGGCUCGGAAUCAAAGUGGUUGACAGACAAAUCACCCAGCUAGAGCUAUACGUGAACCGCUCCCGUGGUGACCACGGGUUCAGCGCCGCGACCUUCAACCCGAAUGACACGCUAUCGGUUACCGUCGCGGAUGAUUGCCAACUCACCGAGGAAGGGCUGGAGUGUCAUCGACCCUGGCCGGGAUGGAGAUGGCUCGACUACUCCGCUGGGAUGUAGCUGGAGAACUGAUCGACCUGCUGAUGCGGAUGCACGGCUUGACCUGGUCAUUGACGAGCAAUACGGUAUCGUUGUUACUGGCGCCAUCAUUCCAGGCAAGAUCUACCCCGAUGGGAAAAUAUCUGCCUUCAUAUAUAUGCAUCGGUCAGUUUCGGACAUUUCAGGGUCCAUCGGCGAGUCCAUCUGGGAUUCCCGCAGUUGCCUGAAUUCUAUCUUCAUACAGAAGAUAGUAUGUAUUCCAGCCUAGCUACAUAUAGCUCAAGCGAACUAAUAUUGACAGGGAACUAGUGUUUCUUAACUACUGAGAACGUGAUUCUCCAAGAAUUCGUUCAUCCAAAGAACUCCAGACUGAGAUAGCGAGAGAUUUGAAAGUGGUUUGUUGUUGUUGUUGUUGUGCGGAAACACUCCCGUCCACUCAAGAAUAUUCUUCGUAACAGAAAGCCGCGAGGAAGUCACCGGUUGGUCCUGUGUCUGCUCCAUGCAGUGCAGGCAGGCUUGGAUG